AUGUCACACUAUCCUGUCUAUCUUAUCGAGUCCCUGGGAGCCCCCCGAAAUCAUCAUGCUCUCUUUGUCCAAACCAGUGAGGACGAAACAGGAUCUCUUUUUAAUGUCACAGGCAACAUCCAGAGCGGAAUGGAACUAGAAAUUAAGGAAUUGAGUGAAAAGCCCAAGCUGUCACAAACCUUCUUGUCAAAGUCGCAACUGGGGUGGAUGAAGGCAGACGACCUUCAUCGCGUUGAGGAAAUCUGCCGGUCCAAUCCGCCACCCGCCAAGCAGUUCGACGGGCCUAAGCGAAUCGACAAGACUAAGCCCCUGCGGCGCUGCCAGGAGUGGACCAGUGAAACCGUCGCGUCUCUUAGAGCCGAAGGCAUCCUCCAGUAG